AUGGUUACUCUAAAAGCAAUUAAACGUCAACAAAAUUUAAAUAAUAAACGAACUAAUGAUAGAUUGUCAAUAAUAAACGAAAAUACAAGCCCAGAAAAUUCACAACAAACUACAUCACGUAGAGAAUCACAAAACCCUACACUAAAUUUACCUGUUGAUCGAAAUUCAAAAUCGCCUGAACGAAUAAAUUCAUUCAACGACCUGAACUUCGAUCAACAGAUAAAUUCAGCUGACGACGAAAAUUUCGAACAGAUAGAACAAAUAAAUUCAUUUAAUGACCAAAACUUUGACCAAAUCGAACAGAUAAACUCAUCUGAUAAUGAAAUAGACAUACGACGAAAUUCGACACAAUUAAAUUCAGACAGAAAUCAAAACAAAUCAAACGACAAUGCGAUCAUAAUAGCAAACGACAAUUUAUCUAACGAGGAAAUAGACUCUGACGGUAAUAUAUCUAUAAUUUUAAAUAGUUCAAACGACUACAGUAACGAGAACGUAUACGAAACAAGAGAUAACUUAGAAAUGCAGAAAAAUUGUUAUUUAUGUUUCAUUAACGCCGAUGGUACCGUAUCAAGCGAAAUCGGGAAACAGUUUUUAGUGUCAGGAUAUUUAAAAUCAAGCCCUUUAACUAAUUAUAAAACAGGUCAAGUAAUCAAAAUGGGAACAUCUAAAAAGAAAGUACUCGCGUUGGUAACUCAAAGUGAUAGUCGAGAUACACCAACUGAAAAAGAUUAG